AUGGUGGAUGGAUAUUGGGCGCCAUCUGGGAGCUGUCAUAAUAACAAGAAGCCACCGACCUUUUGUCUGACGUCGGGUUAUCCCUUUGGGAUCUGCCAAAGGCCGCAAUCCCUUCCCUAUCCACCUUUGAUUCUAUUCUUAAGGGAUUCGCCGACCGCCUCUACCGCCUACGUAACCGCCCUUCCGGUGCUGUACAACCUGCUCGGGGAGAGCUUGGGAAGGGAGGGCCGCCACGAAGAAGCUGAGCGAUGGUUCAAGGCAGCACUCUCUGCUAAACCUGAUCAUGUUCCAGCUCACCUCACCUACGGCAAACUCCUAGCGAAGAAUGUAAGUAGUAUUCCGAAUUAA